AUGAAUCCUAAUCAUCACAAUAGCAAAAAUUCUACAAAUUCUCCAAAUCAAAAUUUAGUUUCCCUUUCAUUUGAGACGACUGACGGACAAUCUUCUCCUUCACUAGGAAGUGAAAUUCACUCACAAGACAAGUUCACAUUACCUUCGAAUCUAUUUGAUAUUAAUCAAUUCUUCACUUUAACUUCCGAAAAUUUGGAUGAAGUACAGUCAUUAAAUGAAAUUGAAACAUCCAAAGCUUUGAAUGAUCGAACGACGUCAUCAUCUGAAACAAGAAUCUCUAAACCUUCAAAAAAUAAUUCCACCAGAAACUCUCCAAUAUUAUCUACUAUUUCAAUUGCGAAUGCAUCACCCAUUGAACCAUUUGACAAUUUUGAUUAUGAUACUUAUCCAUUAUCUAAAUCUAUUUUUGACAUGAUAAAUGAAACUGAUUCGUACAAUGAUCAAUUUCCUUUAUCCAUCGUAAAUAAAAAACCAAAAAUGAUUCAACAAAAACAAGACGAAUUAAAUUUGAAUCGAAGAAAAUCUAUUCCCGCGGUUGACAUGAUAGUCAAUUCUUUUAAUCGCACAUUUAUGUCACAAAUCGAUACGAUCAAUUAUGAUACGACAAAGUCAUCAUUUACGGCGAAUCCUGGGAAAGUUAAAAAUAUUAAAUCCUCCUGCUCAAAUGCUAUACUCUGUGUAAAUCGUCAUGAAUUUUUUCAUCAAAUGGUUGCAAGAUUAUCAACCUUGGCACAGUUUAUUAAGCAGUCAUUUCGUCGACAAGACAACUUUGAAGAUUUAUGGGAACGUUUAUAUUCAUUAUUGAAAUCCGAAUGUCAACAAAUACAAAAGUUAAUCGACCUGACAGAUUUUAAGUCAUUGAAUUUUCCAAAGAAUUUAGGACCUUAUUCAGAAUAUGAUAUUGAAAAGGAAGCGAUGAAAUUUAUUCCUGAACAUGUUACGGAUUACAAAUUUCCAUUAAAAGUUCAACAAGAUGGAAACGAAGGUUUUCGUGCAGUAUCAAUUUAUUUGAAUUAUAAUUAUGAUGAUUUAACCAAGAGAGGAAAAGAUGAUAAAGAGCAAUUAUACGAGGAAUUAAGAGUUCGUGUAGUGUUGGAAAUGGUGAAUCGAAUAGAUAAGAAUCGUCGUAUAUUUGAAAACCAUACAGAGGAAAUUUCAGCUAAUGGAGGAAAUAUCACUACCACUUCAGUAUAUGAAGGUUAUUUUCAGAAAGAUACUAUUGAAUUAUUAUCAUAUUUCGGAUUAUCAACUAAUGCCCCGCAAUACGCUUCAUUAAUAUGGCAAAUUGAAUCAUUAAAUACAUGUAUUGAUAAUACUCUUAUGGGUGUACCUCAAUUAUGUAUUUUGGCCAAUAUAUUGAAAGCUACGAUUAAAAUUAUUUGUCCGGAUAAAGAAAAUCGAUAUUUUAACGCACCGAUAAAAUGUAAAGGAAUCAGCAAAAGAAUGUUUCAUUUUUUAAUGUAUAACCCUUUAUUUGGAUUACAAUUUCCCGUACCUCCUAUCGAGAGUUAUUAUAUUGUUCCGUUAGUUAAACAGUGCGAUAUUUUCUUUGAUGUUUUAUCUGAAGGACUGACGACAUCUAAAACAAUUUGA